AUGGUUGAGGUGGCGCAGCGCUUAGCUGCUUGUACGGAUGCUCUCGCUGUCGCAACGGAGCUACGAACCAUUCUGUCGGAUCUAGCCACUACUCAUGACCGUAGAGCGGCAUUGAACGAGGUGGUGGCAUUUCUAGCGGCAUCAGAGGAGCACUGGACCGUCGCGACGAAGUCGCUAUUUGCGGACUUAAGCGGGGACUUAUCGGCGCGAGAAGUGCAAUUGGAGCUGCUGGACGCGCUGCUUGUCUGGGCGACACAGGAAUCGACGGGGGGGAACCACAAAGUCUUAACGAUAUUGUUCCAGUGUUUCCAACUUGCAGUGACGGGUCUGGGCGACGCUGGAGGUGGGAAAAGAUGGCUCAAGUGGGGGGACGAGGUGCUAACUGCGGUGCACCAGAACGCAGCGCUAAUAGAGCAGCAGAACUACUUGAUGAACGUUGCAGCUUUGCUCCUGCAACUACGCAAUAAAUUGGAAGCAGACGACGAUGCCACGCCCGACUUGAAGACUGUGACGUUCGUGUGGAAGUUGGCGACAAUUUUUGGUCCAAUUCUGGCGAGUUCUAGUCCUGGUCCAGAAUUCGGUGAGACGGCUGAAGGCAGCGACGAUGGAAAAUACACAAUGAAGUUUGAUGUAGAUGAGCUCAUGGCUGCGGCUGCGCUGUCUGUCGAGCGGAGUGCUGGGCGGCUACUGCGCGUCUUGGAUACUACCGAGAUUCCGGAUCUUGGUGUGCUCAAGUUUCUGAAGCUGCACUGGCGGGCAUUUCAGCGCUUAAUAACGGCGUUCGCUGACAGUUUAGAGUGCGAGCUGGAGAGUAGCGUCUUAGUCAUGGUAAAUGUGACGGCGAGUCUGCUUUACGCUCUGCGACACAGUUUACUCCCGAAGACGUCGAAACCAGAGCAAGAGCUGCGAGACAUGCUUGAGCAAGGACUGGAAUUGACCGAGAAACUGGCGGGUGGUGGCGUAAAUGACCUAGCAAAGCAGAGUAUCUGUACGUUAUUAUGGCACCCUGCCAGUGAAAUGGUACGCGCAGUGAAGCAGCGUCAACCGGCUGAGAUCACAAACGUCGACGUUGAGAAAUCGAUCCAAUGGGGACAUUUACUCGUACUUACAGCGUUUGCAGGCUUCGGUGGGGGUUCGUCAUCGAGUGCGGAGGUACCGUACGAUGACUCCGUCAGAGCAGUGGAAGUCUCGCAGUUGUUUGCUCGUUAUCGGGAAUGUGCACUGAGUGACGCGGUCUCUCGCUCUCUAGAAGCGACGAAACUGUUCACGGAUUUGAUGCUAGAAUUCUUUCUUGGCUUUGAUAGCGUUGUGGAACUGCAGCUAGUACUGCUAAAGCAAACGCUGUAUCCGGACUGGACGCAGCGUACACUGUGUUGGGAGAUCUGGAGGGAAUUGCUGUGCUUCAGUUGGGACGAAACACUCGCAGGGCAGACGCUUCAACUGCUUCUCGAUAUCACGCAGUGGGACGACGACUCGGGUGCAUCCUUCGUGCUUGCAAGUGGCGUGGGGGACGAAAUCCUGCAGUUGAUCGCGUUCGUCUACGCUGAUCUUCCUGUAUUGCUCAAGGACGUGUGCAUGGACCAAGUGACAGCAAUUAUCGACGUGAUCAGUAGCGAAGGUCCAGGCCACCAGUUCAAUCUGCGCGUGGCGUCGCAGCUGCAUUUGCUCGAGAAGUUAGUAGCCGUCCAGUUCCUGAAAUUGUACGACGGGCCGAUGAAAGAUGAGUGGAUCGCAAAGUAUCUUCCCAUGUGCUUCGAAUGCUGUGGCACCGUUCUUGAGCUUUUAUCAGCCGAAGGAAAAACUCCAUUAGCCAAGCAUGAAGACAUUCUCGGAAUGAUGCGUGUGCUGGACAUGUGUCUGAUGGUGUUGAGAGGAGUGUUCGAUGACAACGAGCCCAAGCAAGAUGAUAUUGCGGAGUUGUCGGUCAUUUUAGUUCGCAUGUCUACCGAGGCCUUAACACAGCUAGCGAUGCACAUGAAACACACAGGAAGCUCUCAAUCUGACGUACUACCAGGUAGUAAACGUACAAGUCGAAGCGAAAGACUGGAGAAAACGGGGUCUAGCUGUUUUGGACGGGCGAUUGAGACGUCGUUGUAUCUACUUUCGAAGCUUGGACCGGUGCUCAAGGCGAACAGAAGCAACCAGUGCGUGCAAGUGAUGAAGGAUCUACGUACGAUUACUGACAACACGCAGGUUGGUGACACGUUGAUCGUCACGGCACAGUUUAUUGGGGCUUCCUUGUUCGACGUGCAGGUUGCUAGCGGUGACAUUCCUAUCGUGACGCAGUUGCUGUUCAGUCUAUUCCAGAAACUCUUCGCUGCUGCUCCUCGCACUGGUGGCCGUCAGUUAGCGCCGUUGGCGUUGCUACUUUCAGUGGGUCUAGAUGCCUUGUACGAGCUGCUUGCGCACUCAAACAUUGUGGAGCAGUCAGGUGCAGCAUUAAGUACGCUUCUGGCUGGAGAUCUCAAGCAGUCGUUCGUACAAAGCGUGUCGAUGCGGAAACUUAGUCCUGACGAUGUUGCCAAGGCGUUGGAGACGGCCCAAUCCAGUACACUUCAGUCUCUCAAGAGGAAUCAGAGCUCCGGUUACCGUGUCUUUAGGGGUCGAUUCCCUGAUGAGUCUUCUGAAUUGUAUGCUGAUCCUGAGCAGAGCAGCCACGACUUCUCCAACAAACGAUCAGCAGAAGACUCGUCUGGAUCACUGCCGCAGAAGCGUCACAAGCUCGACCAUUUUGUGUCUUUGUGUCGAGAAAUCGAGUCCUCGUUAGCGUCCAUUGAGAGCGACGAGGCUGCUGCGAACAUAUUAUCGGGCAAGGAGCUAGAAGACGCCACCGCUGUGCUGCACAAACUGCUCACGAAAACGAUAACGUUGUGCUGA